AUGGCUCGGGCUUACGGCUACCAUGGCAUCGAACUCUUCCAUGAGGAUCUGGCCGAUGUUGCUAAUAGUUUGGAUGGCGGCUCAAGCACUGCCAACGAGCUGCAAGCCGCAGAGAUCAUUCGGAAUAUGUGCCACGAGAGGAACCUGGACAUUAUAUGCCUGCAGCCGUUCGCACAUUACGAGGGUUUGCUUGACCGAGAUGAGCAUGCCAGGCGCAUUGAGAAGCUCAAAUUUUGGUUUCAACUAGCCAAAGUCCUCGAGACAGAUAUUGUCCAGAUCCCAUCCAGUUUUCUCCCAGCGUCGGAGGUGUCAGAGGACCGAAGUCUCAUUAUAUCCGAUCUUCGGGAGGCGGCAGACAUGGGUCUUCAGGAGCAACCGCCAGUCCGGUUCGUGUACGAGGCGCUCUGCUGGGGUACUCGGGUAGAUCAUUGGGAACAAAGCUGGGAGAUCGUCCAGGCCGUUGACAGGCCAAACUUUGGUAUCUGCCUGGACACGUUCAAUAUUGCUGGACGGAUAUACGCAGACCCCGCCUCACCGUCAGGAACCAACGCCAACGCAAGUCAGGCGGUCAAGGAGUCUAUUGCACGCUUGUUGUCGAGUGUGGAUGUACGGAAGGUCUUCUAUGUCCAAGUUGUGGAUGCCGAGCGCCUAGAAACACCGCUUGUAGAAGGCCAUCAAUUCUACAAUGCCGAGCAACCUUGCAGAAUGAGUUGGUCCAGAAACUGCAGACUGUUUUACGGAGAAAAGGACUACGGCGCGUAUCUCCCAGUGGCCGAGAUCGCCCGGGCGAUUUUUCAGGGCCUCGGCUACAAAGGAUGGGUUAGUCUGGAACUGUUCAAUAGGAGGAUGUCAGAAACGGAUGAGGACGUGCCGCGCGAGCUGGCUCGUCGUGGAGCGAUAUCUUGGGCGAAGCUUGUGCGGGACAUGAAACUUCAAGUGGAUUCACCACUGGUGUCAGAGAGAUUUUCGGCUUCCCUGUAA